UAAUCAAAUGCGUGACACAUAUUUAAUGUAAACCUCCAAGUUUCUUUGAGAAUUCGAUAACAACACGCAUCCCUUUUCCCCACCACAUUAUUUUUCCUUCUCCUACUUCCACAAAAUCGGCAUUUCUUCCCACAACCACUAUUGAGUAGCUCCAAAUUUUUAUAUCUAGCUCUUUCUUAUGCUAGAAUUUGAUUCCUCUUCAUUCUUCAACAACUCCAAUGUAUUCCUUAGCCCAACACAAGUACAUACCAAGCUUCCACCACCAAGCUUGCAAGAACCACCCACCCCACCACCCAUCGUCUCCAGUGUUUUGUUCCACCACAACCACAAAGUCUAGGGACAAGCCCAAUCCUAAGCCAUUGGUCAUUGAGCCAUGGCUCGUGCCGGUGCCGCCAACGGUGGUUACCGCCGAUAACCCCCGUCCAAUGAACAAUGACCCAAGUUUGCAAUCAACAUGGUCUCAUAGAGCAUGGGUGGCAGCUGGAUGCACAACUUUGCUCAUUUCAUUGGGAGAGUCUAUAAAGGGUGCAAUGGAUUUGAACAUGUGGGCUGAGCCCAUUUUGGCAGGUUGGGUUGGAUAUAUUUUGGCUGAUCUUGGAUCUGGGGUUUACCAUUGGGCCAUUGACAAUUAUGGCGAUGCUUCAAUCCCAAUUGUUGGAACCCAAAUUGAAGCCUUUCAAGGUCAUCACAAGUGGCCUUGGACCAUCACUAAGCGUCAAUUUGCUAACAAUUUGCAUGGAUUGGCACGUGCAGUGACCUUUACAGUGCUUCCUAUAGUCCUUCUUUGCCAUGACCCUAUUGUUGAAGGGUUUGUUGGGAUGUGUUCAGGUUGCAUCAUGUUUAGUCAACAGUUUCAUGCAUGGUCACACGGCACAAAGAGCCGGCUUCCCCCGCUCGUGGUGGCGUUGCAAGAGGCUGGUGUGCUUGUGUCACGGUCGCAACAUGCCGCACACCACCGGCCACCGUAUAACAACAACUACUGCAUAGUGAGUGGAGUAUGGAAUGAUUUUCUUGAUAAGCAUAAGGUCUUUGAAGCCUUGGAGAUGGUAUUGUAUUUUAAAACAGGGGUUAGGCCAAGGUCAUGGAGUGAGACUGCCUCUGAGUGGAUUGAGGAGAUUGAGACCCCUUCUCAAAUCCAAGCUCAAUGAUGUUUAUUCUCUUUAAUUUUUAAACCAUUUAUUUCAGUAUGAAAUAUUUUGUUGUUUUAUAUAUAUAAAAAAAGCUUUUGGCUCAUGUCAUGUUACACGACAUUUAAAUUUAUAAUGCUUGGAAGGCUAAAUAUAUGAUACGAGAGGUCUUUGUUGUUUCUUUCUAAAGAGUAAUGUUCAAAAUUUUUCAUUUA